AUGCGGUCGGAGGCUGAUAAUCAUCGACCUCUCCGCCGGCCGCCGUGGGAUCGUCACCUCGCCUUCACCCCUCUUAUCUGCACGUCUUCUGUCUAUCUGCCGAUGCCAUCCAUCGUCCGUCCGUCGAUUCUCAGCCCCACUAAAAAAGGACAUCUCUCGGAAGGCUUUCCCAUGACGGCGUCGUCCGUGGGAACUCGACGCAGGUGGCCGCCGCCUGGGGCCACAAAGGGCCAACUUUUGUCCGUAGAAGGAGAAGAGACGUGUGUCGCGGGCUUGUUUGAUGUUCAAAUCAGCCUUUUCCCUUUUUUAAGAAAGCAGAGUAUAUCUUGAAGGUUGAAGGAAAGACCUUACAGGGUUUCCUGGAGUUUGGACUUUUUCGGAAAUUUUCCCAAAAAUUCUCUGAACCUUUACAAGGAAGUCUAGGUUAAUGGUUGCUAUUCUGUUCUCAGAAAUUCAGAAAAUUUUGAAAAACUGCCGAAUUGGAAUUUUUCUCGUGGAGACAGCUCCAACGAGGCUAAUAAGGGAGGUCAUUUCACAUUGGGAUUUCCCUGAAAAUCGGCCAGAACGCUCCUAGAUGUACCAGAAGACGAUUCUGAAAGUUUCAACCUGCAAAACUUCCUUGUUUCUGAGAAAAGACGCCUCAAAGUCAAAGAAAAUUCAAGAAAAGAAAAAUGAGAUUGACUAUUUUGGGGCCUUAAUUCUCGUAAAGUAGAAAGUUGUGCAGGUUGAGACUUUCAGAUUCUUUUUCUGGUGAAUCGAGGAGGGUUUUGGCUUAUUUUCAAGAAAAAUGUUCAUAGCCAGCUUAUUUUAAUGAUAAAUGAUGCUUUGAAAAACGACAAAAAACGCUUCAAAAUCCUCAAAAACUGGAAUUUUGACCUGGUCACGAAUUUGAAGAAUCUCUAUUUAGAACCUUUAAAGUUGAUGGGAAAAGAAAAUCCCAAGUUUCACACCAAUAUCACCUUGUCAACUGGAGAAGUUUACAUUUUCUCUUAACUUUGAUUUUUGCACCCUAAGAGAGGCUGACUCACACUUCAAGUCUGUCUCACACCUCAGCCUCCCCUAGAACCUAAUUUUUAGCUCAACCCGCUCAUUCUUCUAUUCGCACUUCAGAUGAGAAAUCUGUGUUCAAAAGUUGGAGUUUAGCAAGCUUCUGGCCGUCAGGAUGAAGACGGAAAGUCUGACACCCUCUCCUUCUUGA